ACAUAUCAGCCCCACUUUGCUCCCAUUCUUCUUCUCCUUCUUCAUCUCAUAGCUCACUCCCCCUCACCCUCACAUCUCUCUCUCUGUCUCGACACUAACGAACUCUCAAAAAACCAAACAACACUAAAAGCUUAUCUUCUGUCUUAAUAUCAGAAAUGAGAGAGCUUGAGCGGUUGAAGACGAGCAUGAACCAUCAAUGGCCACCCAUUGGAGCUCCGAUGAAUCUCCGGCGAGAAGAGCCGUGGAAAUCUCGAUUCGACGACUCAGUCAACGCCGUCUCGUUCGGGUUCGUCGCAACAGCCAUUCUCAUCUCAAUGUUCCUCGUCAUGGCUAUCUUCGAGAGACUGAUCCGGACCACCACCACCACGACCACUACUAACCAAGAUUCCUCUUCUGGUCGGGUCCUUUCGGGUAUGGAUUCUCGGGUCGGGUUUAGUGGUGCAGCAUCUAAGCUAGGUUAUCAAUCUCCAAAGAUGACUGUAUACACAAACGGUGUAUCGGUAUUGAUGCCAGGAGAUGAUAUCCCUACUUUCAUCGCGCAUCCAGCGCCCGUGCCAUGUCCUCAACGCAUCAUCUCACCGUCUCAGCAUCAACAUAGCUCAUCGAGUGAUUCUUCCAACUCAAACUCCAUUCAAGAAUGUUGAAAGACUUGUUUAUUUUAUCUCGUAUCACCACCACCAUUGGCUUAUUAAAACAUUUCAAGCCACCAACCACACUGAGCUGAGUUGAGUUUGGCAUCUGAUGUUUUUUUUUCUCCUGAUGAUACCGCUACAUAUAUUGGGUUCGGGAGAUUAUCUAUGCGUAUUUUGUGUACAUAGGCAUUAUUAGGAAACUGGUUUAUGCCCUUAGCAUAAUUAAUCAUAUAUAUUCAAGAUUUGCCUCU